AGAUUAAAUUAGUUAAAAUUAAAAAUGGUGUAAAAAAGUAGGAAUUGAUUUCUUUUUCGAAAAAAGCUCCAGGAGUCGGUUCCGUUCGACUGCAACGUUUCAACUUAUAGAAUUUAAUUUGUAUUAAUAAUGAUAUAUUCACGAGUGUCGCAAGACUGCAGUGGCAGGGUGUUUGAACUUCGGUACUAGGAUCGAUAAGGCUUCUGACCUGUCAAUCAAAGUCGAGCUGCUCCCUCCUCCUGCCCAGCUCUGUGUGAAAUAUCAACUUGCUGUCAUAUAUAUUAUGUAUAGCCGGCGUUAACUGAUUUCAAUCGGUUGGAGCAAACAUUGAGAUAACCAAAAGGUAAAAAAAAAAAAGAAAAGAAAAGAUACAAAUCGUAGGCGUAACCACAAUAGACCUAUAUACGGGAACAAUGCUACCUAGGCGGGCAUUCGUCGCUCUGCACUGGCAGAAACAACAUCGCAUAGCAAUUCCAUACAAUCUUCCACUUAAGAAGGCGAAUCGGAAAGCACGUGCUUUAUUUCAAACAACUUGUCGAAAAGUUUCUAAUAAAAAAUUCACUUAGUGUUAAGUGCUUGUCGAGAGAAACGAGUAAAGUUUAAAAAAGGUGCAAAUAUACGCAGACAUGUGCGACUAUGACGAUGAACUCUAUCACGAGCACCUGCCCAACGUUUGCAGCACCUUGCGCGAGAAGUCCAAGAGCUGCUGCAGCAUAAAUGCGAUUAAGCGCAAGCUGCCUAUUUGCACUUGGUUGCCUGAAUACACCUGGAAAAUCCUUCUAGUUGAUUUCGUGGCGGGUAUGACCGUUGGCCUCACGGCAGUGACGCAGGCAAUUGCCUAUGGCGCCGUCGCCGGAUUACCUCCGGUCUAUGGUCUAUACUCGUCAUUUAUGGGCUGCUUCCUCUACAUAAUCUUUGGCAGCUGCAAGGACGUUACAGUGGGUCCCACAGCCAUAAUAUCUAUGAUGACCUAUCCACACGUAGAUGGUAAUCCAGACUAUGCCGUCCUAAUAUGCUUUCUAACGGGCUGCAUUGUUUUGUUGCUGGGUUUUUUGAAUCUCGGCGUAUUGGUGCGUUUCAUUUCGGCGCCUGUGAUAGCGGGAUUCACUUUGGCAGCUGCCUUAACUGUGGGCAGCGGUCAGAUCAACAAUCUCUUUGGUAUACAAAGCAAAUCGAAUGAGUUUCUCAAAUCAUGGAUUAACUUCUUUGGUCACAUACAAGAGACGCGGCUCAAUGAUGCGCUCCUCGGUUGCUGUACACUGGUUUUGCUGCUGUUAAUGAGAAAACUCAAGGAUCUUAAGUCUUGCGGUUGUCGUUCACUGCUCAAGUAUUUAUCGCUCUGUCGCAACGUUUUAGCCGUCAUCAUUGGCAUUCUGCUCUGCUAUCUGUUGAGCCGAGACAGUGAAGAGAUGCCGUUCCGCAUAAGCGAGCAAAUAUCGCCGGGCUUGCCACCCUUUCGUGCACCGCCAUUUCAAACCGUAGAUGAAGAGGGUCAAAUAGUUAGCUUCAGCCAGAUGAUCUCCAACUUAGGAAGUGCCGUGGGUACAAUACCCUUUCUCUGCAUUUUGGAGCUUAUCUCAAUAGCCAAAGCAUUCUCUAAGGGCAAGAUUGUGGAUGCAUCACAGGAGAUGAUUGCAUUGGGCUUUUGCAAUUUAUUCAGCAGUUUCUUCUCAUCGAUGCCCAUAACUGGAUCAUUUGCCCGUUCGGCAAUCAACAAUUCGAGCGGUGUCAAAACUCCAUUGGGCGGCGCUUUUACGGGUAUUCUAAUAAUCUUGACACUCGCCUUUCUAACCCAUGUCUUUGCCUACAUACCCAAAGCUACACUGGCAGCCAUCAUCAUCUCAGCCAUGUUAUUUAUGGUCGAGUACGACACAAUAGCUGAGAUUUGGCGUGCGAAAAAACGCGAUAUGGUGCCUUUUCUGUUUACCGUGGUGUGCUGUUUGUUCUGGUCACUGGAGUACGGCAUGUUGGUGGGCGUCCUAAUCAAUGCGCUCUUCAUACUGGGCAAAAGUAUGACGCCACACUUUCAGCUUGAAACACAAAAGCAUAAUGGCCUCGAACUAUGCGUGGCAGAGUUAAAGGGCAACGUGGAUUACACGGCGGCUGAAUCAUUAAAGAUAACAACAGUAGCAUUCGUGACGGAGCAGAUGACAAGUGUUUCAUUGGUGAUCAUUAAAGGCCCAGAGAUCGGCUCCAUUGAUGCAACUGUUGCGCUGAAUUUAUUAUCUUUGCGUGAUGACCUGCAGCAGCUGCAGUGCGAGCUUAUCUGUUGGAAUUGGAAUAUUGCAGCGGCAGGCGUUGUUUGCCGGCUGCAAAGGAAGGCGCGCAACAUGUUCAGAUUCACCAAAAGCUUCGCCGAGCUAUUAGAAAUUAUAGACAAUGGAAGCAGCAAGAGGGACAGCAACAACUGCCACAAUGACAGCAGUCAAGUUGAUCAAAUUUCAUGACGCUUAAGUCAAUAAUGAAAUGUGUUUUGUUUUGUACAGUUACAUUAGGCGAAUUAUAAGUAGUCGCACCAAAAGUACCCUGUACAUUGGUUAGUGGCACUACAUUUACUUCCCAACAAAUCUUAAAGUUUCUUGGAUGUGUUUUAAAACACUAUUUAUAAAUAGUUUAAGUAUACAUAAAUAGAUAUACAGAAGAACUAUAUACCCUUUCAA